AUGGAGGCCAGAAGCAAACCCCAGUUCCUGGUGCUCCUGACACUUUUCAGUGUCCUCUUCUCUCAGACAUUGGCCUGGCCCCUUUUUGGACCACCUUCUGCUCUGAGGGCGGAAGACAGAGUCCAAUUUGAAGGAGGAAAUGAGCCUGACCAAGUUUCAUUAAAAGCAGAUGCUGACAUCUUGCAAAAUGCAUUGGCUGAAAAUGACACACCUUAUUAUGAUGUGUCCAGAAACACCAGACAUGCUGAUGGAGUUUUCACUAGUGACUUCAGCAGACUCCUUGGUCAACUUUCUGCUAAAAAGUACCUUGAAUCCCUUAUUGGAAAACGAGUUAGCAGUACUAUCUCAGAAGACCCUGCACUAAUCAAACGACACUCGGAUGCUGUAUUCACUGACAACUACACCCGUCUUAGAAAACAAAUGGCUGUGAAGAAAUACUUGAACUCAAUUCUGAAUGGAAAGAGGAGCACUGAGGGAGAAUCUCCUGACUUCCCUGAAGAGCUAGAAAAAUGAUGAAAAAGCUUUCUGGCCCAAUGCUAAGGAUUAGUGAAUUCUUGAAGGAAAACAUCAAUAGACAAAGUCGUUACAUUUUGAGUUCUACAUAAGUAAUUCAAGAAAAAACUUCAAUAGCAAAACCAAAAGAAAUACAUUGUGUUGUGAAUGUUGUGAUUUCUUUCAUUCUGAUGUGAUCAUUGUGAUGUUUAUAUUGUAAAUAUUAUUUGAGAGUUGUAAAGUUUGUCUUUAGCUCAUGAAAGACCUGUAAUUUCAUAUGCUAUAUAUUCUUUCUAACAAAUAUGUAUUGAAUGAUUAAUAGAUACUAGGUUAAUUCCACUUAUCUGAUGCUUUUUGGAAAUGUAGCAAUAGAAAAAAAUUGAUGCAUUUAUUUAUAGAGCAUAGUUAGCUCUUCAGAGUAGAAAAGAUAAUCAGAGUGUCUAAAUU